AUGUUGGACUCCAAGGGCUUCGUUGCGACGGUGACUGUGUUCAUCUCAUUUAUACUCACCAUCCUAUGUCUUUUCGCAGGGACGCAGAAAAACCUCCUCGGUGACGUGGAUCUCUUGACGCUCUACACACCCGCAGAUAGCACCGGCAGUGGAGUCCACGAUUUCUAUUCCAUCCACAUCAUGUCCUAUUGCCAGGGAACACUGGGAACAACUAUUCCCAGUGCAGGAGUCACGCGCAACGUGACCGAAUGCUCAAACCGCACGCUUCUAUCCUCAUUUGAUCCGAUACAAGCCUGGCCGAACGAGAUCGCCAGUCAGGAACUAGGUUGGCCGCGCGUGAUCGGCGAUGACUUCCAGGCCCUCAGACUGACAAGCAGAGUCAUGGCCGUGCUGUACUGUAUUGGAGUUGGCGCGAUGGGGGCGGCGCUACUUGUACGCGUAUGGACGACACUUGCUCCGCGACCAGGCCAGGGCCCGUGGGAAUUUUGGUUUUUCAUGCUCGGGUCUCUCAGCAUCAGCAUCGCAUCCAUUAUCGCCACGGUCAUCGCUACUGAAUUCGUUGCUCUGAUCAACGCUCACGGCAAAGGCUGGGACGUGUCAGCCCAUCACGGAGAGAAAUUUCUCGGGAUGACUUGGGCCGCAGUGGGCCUGUUACUCGCCGGUACCGUUGCUUGCUUUGCGAAUGUCUUUGUUCCGAGACGGGCUGCGUCUGCUCCUGCGCCCGUCGGAAAGGAUAUAGAGGGGUAA